AUGUACACCGGAGUGACGAGAGGUGCACAGGUCACUGGCAUAGCCGUGAUGGCUCUGUCUCUGACUUGGAUAUCAUUCUCUUUGCGACUCUAUGUUCGGACCAGGAUCUUGAGGUUCGUCGGGCGGGAGGACUGGUUGAUGAUCGCCUCAAUGAUCCUCCUCACACUUCUAUGUGCUCUCUGUCUCAUCGCCAUCUCUUUCGGACUCGGUGCGCAUAUGUACAAUAUUCCUGAUGCCAGUAAACAAACCGGCUUCAAGUACAUAUUCAUAUGCGAACUUCUGUACGUGACUUGUACGGCCGUCACGAAACUCUCGAUCGGGGUUUAUCUCCUUCGGCUCUCGAGUAAACGAUAUCAAGUAUAUACCAUCUACACCACCUUGGCCGUGGUGAUGGCAAUAAGUACCAUGUACUUUUUCUUCUUGCUAUUUCAAUGCGAUCCGAUCAAUCAUCUGUGGACCCAAUUCGAUGGAGGCGUGGGCAAAUGUUUGCAUCAUCCUAUUCUUUCGAACGUAACAUAUACGCAUACUGCCAUGUCUGCUGUUACCGAUUGGGCUUUUGGUAUUCUACCUGUAUUUUUUGUAUGGAGAAUGCAGAUGAAUCCUCGUACGAAGUUCUCUGUCAUCUUAAUUUUGUCACUUGGCUUUUUCGCUAGCACCGCCACCAUUGUUCGUAUUGUAUACAUUCGGAGCCUGACAAUCACAGACGAUUGGUCUUGGGAGGGAAUCAACUUGGUCAAAUGGUCGAUGGUCGAGCCCGCAAUCGCCAUGACAGCUUCCAACAUUGCAACACUUCGUCCACUCUUCAAGAAUUCAUUCUUCUUCGCGAGAAAACGAUUCGACUCAAUGGAUGACGACGAUAGGCCUUCAACCGAAAGUUCUAUCAAUCUCAAGGGUCAAAACAGUGUUAAUGCUGCGGACUACAGUGUUGAAUUUGCGGAGAUGCUCGGGUUGAGCAGAGUUGGUGUCACUACAGAAAUCACAGCGGAAGGAAUUCAACCCGAACGAGAUCAUUUCCGUCAACGAUUUAGCUUGGCCAGACGAAGCUAUAGAGAAAAAAGCGAAACAUCGACUGGAGUACUGGCAUCAAAACCACAACCACCGUUACAAUUGAUCAGUGAAGGGGAUGAAGUUAGAGUUCAUGAACGGAACGGAACGAAUAAAUCACCAGACACCCAUAAUUUGGAAGGAAGUAUUUAUUAUAUCAAAACCACUGUAUUCAAGACCAACAGCGGUAACCUGAUCAGUCAGCCAGAGUUCGAAAUAUUGCGAAAGCUACAAUUUCCUAGAAAUAUCAACAAGGAGGCAAGGAAAGCCGGCCCAAGAGGUCACGAGGCGUAUCAAGGAAUCAGAUGA